AUGGCGUCGACAGCACUCUGCAACAUGCGACUGUUAUAUUUUACCGGACUACUAUUUGGACCGACAGUAUUGACAGUGAAUGCCGAAUGGCUGAAAAUCAAUGACACAGUCAACACUAUUACAUCCCAUCAAGACUUCCGAACGACAAUUUUUCGCUCCUUCGAUCAUGUUGUUUGUCGUAUUUUAGUGGAGCUUGUUGACUACGAUGUGGAUCAAAAAGAUUCCAUGCAAAAUACGUGUGAAGUUAUCGGCCCGCCUGAGCUUCUUGGGAGCAGCCGAUGGCGUGGGGGCGGCAGUCCUGGGCUUGUCAUUGAGCUAGAAGAGAAGCUGUGGGAACAAUUUAGUUUUGCUCCCGAGGAUUUGGUCCUGGAUUUGAUGGAUGCAGUAGUUGGCGAAAGAUACUUCUCAAACGUUGGCUGGCUCCCUACCAGUAUUUCGUUGUCAAGUCGUGGCAAUGCGACUAUUCAUCACGGAGCGUUUCAUCGACGGAGGCAGCUGGAGUACUUUGAUCGCCCACGUUCAGUCAUGCUCGUGAGGGUGAGUACAGAUGACGAAAGCGUGAGUCUAUCUCCAUCGGAGAUUGCAGAUUCGUUCUUCCAACCCGGUCGCUUUUCUUUUGCUUCACAAUACGAGGCGUGUUCUGCGGGACAGGCUCGGUUUGUGCCAUUCGACGUCGAUAACGUAGUAAAGGAGGUUCGUGUAUCUGGAAUCAGCAGUGCCUUCACUGGCAGGAGUCUGCUUGUAGCGGCAAACAUAGCGACUCAAACGUUACUUGGCGUUGAGAGUUUACCAGACGUAGCGGAUCAUGUCGUAUUUUGCAUGCCGCCUGGAACGAGUGGAGAAAAAUAUCUGGCCGCUGCUGCUCUCAAUAGUUGGUAUGCCGUAGCCAGCGACAGGUGGUGUGCGCAGCCGAACGCAAUCAUCCAUGAGAUCGGCCACAAUUUGGGAUUAGGUCAUGCGGGAAAGGGCGACAAUGCCUAUGCCGACGGGACUAGCCUAAUGGGGUAUUCGGAGGUUCGCGCUGAUGGCCCGUCCAAAUGCUUCAACGGAUACAAUUUUUGGCUACUAGGUUGGUAUCCGAAUCACAGAAUCGAUCUUGACGCGUUGGCCUUAACGGAAUCGGUUCGAGUAGAGAUUGCUGCAUUUACGGAUUUCGGUGUCAUCGGUAAAAACGAAGUAAUUAUUGCCAAAGCUGGCGGCCUUUAUUUGACCUACAAUCGCGCCGAAACGUUCAACAGGGAAACAGAAGACUUCCUCGACACGGUAACGAUUACGAAGCGCGUCGAUGGAAUACACACGAAACUAUUGGCUGGCCUUAGCGAGACCAACUCCCGGUAUAUUUCUGGCGACAAAUUGAUUUUCGAGGUAUGCAGCAAACAUGACGGAGGAAGUGUAGCAGCCGAUAAGUUUGUCAUUGGUAUCGGCAAAGAGAUGCUCCCAUGCAAGUCUGCUAUGAUAUUGGGCCCAGAUGGAGUCGACGCAACUUUGUCACCUCCUACAAGAGCUCCAUCUAUGACACCGACGUUAGCACCAAUAUCAACACCGACAUCAGCACCAAUAUCAACACCGACAUCAGCACCAACGUUCGCACCAGCACCAACGGGAAAACCCGUGACUCCGCAACCAUCGCUGCAUGAAUAUACAGGUUUCCCAACACUAUCUACUGGCGGACCGUCUGAGCCCUUAGACGACAUCUCAGAGCCCUUUAACCCGGAAAGGUCUCAAGUGCCUGUCGGAGGAGACGAGAGGGUAGCCGCGGAAGAAAGCGACCGAUUCCCUCUUAUACCCGUGGUGUCUGGUAUAGCUUGUGUCAUUUUCUUUGUUUUCUUGACUAUUUUCCUCAUUCUGCUGCGCAGGAAGUGGUCGAGACAGGCCCGCAGUCGGUGGCAGGUUUCAGUAUUAGGUAGUCCAAAAAAGCAACACACUGACAAUGAAUCUGAAACUUCGCAAUUUGGCCCUUCCGAUGAAUCAUGCUGA